AUGGAGCUCAAUUUAACGAUCAAAGCCCACUUCUCUGCCAUUCAAUCAAUUACUAUUAUGGCAUCCAAUAUCCUCUUCCCCAUCCCCUACCACCAUCAUCACGGCACCGCCUUGAAUUCCCGGCGCCUUUGCGCCUCCGGCGAUCCCUACAAACGUCCCCAACCCGACGUCGUCGUCCUCUACACCACCUCCCUCCGUGCCAUCCGCCGCACCUUCGAGGAUUGCCGCGCCGUCCGCUCCAUCCUCGACGGCAUCCGCGUGGCCGUCGACGAGCGCGACGUCUCCAUGGAUGCCGGCUUCCGCCGCGAGCUGCAGGUGACGACGGAGGGCAUCCGGCCCUUGGCGCUACCCCAGGUCUUCAUCGGCGGUCGGUGCCUAGGGGGCGCGGCGGAGAUCUAUGCGAUGCACGAGGCCGGGGAGCUUGGGAGUGCGCUCGAGGGGGUGGCGCGGCGCCGGGACUCGGGUUUCAGCGUCUGCGGCACCUGCGGUGGGGUGCGGUUCGUGCCCUGCUCCGUCUGCUGGGGCAGCCGGAAGGUGUUCGUCGAGGAGGAGGGCCGCGCGCGGCGAUGCGUGGAGUGCAACGACAACGGAUUGGUGCGUUGCCAGGAUUGCUAUUAA